AUGGCUGGCGAUGGCGGUGCGGCAUCCGCGACAGGUACCUGUACUUGGGACUGCCAGUGGACGGGACUAGGCCCGAAGCAACGCGCACGGGAGGAUUCCGUCGCUGGCGGUGCGCUAGGCCACGCCAAGGGACCAGGCACAGGCACAGGCACAGGCGAGGAGCAACAUGGCGGCGCUCGUACCUGUACCGGUGCCUGCGCUAGGGUAGAGCUUGGGUAUAAUACAUGGUACGAGGUUAGUAUUGUACAAGUAUUGGCGGGCGGGCAACAAGCAAAAAUCCUUCUGGCAGGAGCCCAGCAGCUCUGUUCUGUCCUGGUCCACGCGUCGGAGAGGCCAGACGGCAAGGAUCUGCGUGGCGCUACUGAGCAAUGGCCCAAUCCGAAGCGUCGGGUCUGCGCUGCAGGAGCAACUCAGCAAACUCUUACCCUUGGCGAGGAGGAUUACUGUACUGUAGAGUACGAGUACUGUACCCAGCCGUACAAGUACAAAUCGGUGAGCAGUCCCUGUACUCGUACUUGCGCCUUUGCUCCGACUCUGGCAGCUCUAUAA